CGGUUCAUCACCGACAUAUACUCUCAACCCACAUCUUAAUUUUGAAAACUCAUCUAGAGUACUCAGUCUCUAGUGGAACUUCAUAACGGUGUCGAGACGUGCACCGCCGUAUUCGUAUCUCAUGUCAGAGAGCCAACCCCUAUUAUCACGCCUAGAUGUCGAAAACACGCCUGUUUAUCCAACGAUACACAUGAUCCGAGCGGAUGUAAUUGUAUGUCACCGAGUUGCUGGGCUAGUGAGGAAGUACUGAAAGAUAGAUGCUUUCUUCUAGCAUUUCAUAGACACUCCUUUAUCUUUCGAAGCACUUACUGCACCGGACCUUACCUACACUCUCAUCCGGCCUCUUGUGGAAAAAUACGUGGCAAUACAAGAAGACGGGAACAUGGCAGUCGUCUUCUGUCUCCUCGUUAAUCGUGUACACUUCUACCGCGACAAGACUUUGACGACUCAUUCUAUCUCUCGUUCAAGAGCAGAGCUAUGUGAGAUUCUCGCGACGCGGGUUCUUCGCGAAUAUGGAAACAACAUGAUGGACCUUGCACUCGCGUUGACAACCAGCUGGCCUGUUUACAAUGGCGCAGAUGAAAGGAUGAUGGAGCUAGCUCGAGAAGAAAGAGAAGAUUUGGAUGAAAGAGUUGGGAACGCGAUUGAAAUGGCUAUUCUAGGGAAGUCCAAAAGGUUUAUCAAAAGUUCAGUGUGUCAGAGGGUCAUUGACAGUAUAUGGAGUGGCAAGUGCGUCUAUCAAGCUGAGAGCAACCAUUCAAUUCUAUCGGAUACGUACAAACGCAAUCCGAUACAUUUCUAUGACCCUCACAAGGCUCCUCUGUUGGAUCACUAUCGCCUCAAAGUUCCCUUCAUCCGUUCAGUUCUGGAGUAUAUGAACUUCUUGAUUCUCUUUAUUCUCUUCGUCUUCGCCGUGGAGCAGAGCAAGGUUGAUAGACUGAAUGUUCCUGAGGUCCUCUUCAUGGUUUAUGCAGCAGGAUUCACGUUAGAGAAGGUGGCCGCCAUGCAGGAGCACGGGAUCGCAGUAUAUUUCAAGGGAACGUGGAAUGGGUUUGACUUGGCUUUCGUAACGACAUACUGCAUAUAUGCAUUCUUGCGGCUUUAUGGGGUCAAUCGUCAUAACGAAUGGGCUCGCUCUACAGGCAUCGAUAUCCUGGCGCUCAUUGCUUGUUUGAUGUUCCCAAGGCUUGCGUUCGUCACCCUGAAGAACAAUCUAAUGGUACUCUCUCUACGUGCCAUGAUGGUACAAUUCAUCGCUUUGAUGUUCAUCGCAGCAUUCUGCUUCUGCGGAUUCCUGUAUGCUCUGUGGACCUUGAGCCGCAACGAGGCCCAAUACACCGCGGGAACUAUUGCUUGGUGGAUGCUCGACCUUUGGUUUGGUUUGGACGCCAGCGGAUUUGACAAAGCUACUGAGUUCCACCCUCUUAUGGGUCCUGUUCUCAUGGUUACCUACGCUUGUCUGAGCAAUACUCUACUAUUGACCGUGCUUGUUUCUAUUCUGUCCAACACUUUCGCGACAAUAAACGAAGAUGCUGCUGCCGAGGCGAUGUUUAGAAGAGCUGUCUCCACCAUUGAAGGGGUGAAAGCGGAUUCUCUGUUCUCUUAUCAGCCCCCUGUCAACUUGAUUGCCGUCUGCACCAUGCUUCCUUUGAGUUACAUUUUAUCCCCGCGCUGGUUUCAUAAAGUCAAUGUCUUUAUGAUUCGAUUGACUAGCUUCCCGAUUUUACUUUUCGUUGCCUUGUACGAACGCCAAGCCAAAAUUAACGGAACCAUCGGGUUUUACGACACAGCUUCCGCCAUUGGAGAGCAGUUCAUUGACACUUUACCUCGAAGUUUCAAGAAACUAUCCCUGCUUGAAGGAUUAGCGGGUUCCAAUUCCGAUAUCGAUGCGAUCUUUGAAAUCGAAGAUGAGUUGAAUACGAGUGCCCUUGAUACAAGAGAUGAUAUCGAGAUGGCACCCUCCAAACCAACUCAAAUACCUCAGCAGCCCACAUCGAAUUCGCUGCCAAAGGCAAGCCCUUCCUUCCCUGGCGAGAACGUCCCUUCACCAAGCCAAAUCCACGAUCAAACGGGUCGCGUACAUUUUGAAGCGCAAGCAGGGUCUUCUCCAUCACAUCAUAUAGCUCCUCGAGCUCGGGUCAACUCUGUUAUGAAGAAAGGGACGGAGUUUUCUCAGAGUUUCACAAGUCCUCUAGCACAAAUCUACCAGCCCCUCGUUGUUGACAAUGUGCCACUCGAUGAUGAAACUGGCUCUCAACCGUUCCCAGUCAGCUCUAGUCCCGGUAAUGGGCCGCCCCCGCCUCUGAUCAGUUAUGGACCCGCUAGUCGGAGGCGCUUGUCUUCAACUAUCCAUCGACGUACAACGUCAGAUGUGCAUAGAGCUCUGUCCACUAACGCAGGCGUCCGUCGGAGUCAGUCGCAACGUAGACCGUCUCCGACCAGUGCUCUAGGUGCCACCCAGUCUCCCUCGGUUGAGCAAGGCGUGAAUAAGAGCCCUGACAUGGCAGUCCUGUCGGAAAGCCCGCCUCCUAUGUCCUCUUCACAUGAGCAAUCAUCGUUACCAACGGUCGGCCAGGUUUUGGAGGAGAAUGACACGGACAGCGCUCAAAGUCCGUGGAAUAUACGGUUUGACGAAAUAGAAUCACGCCAACGACGGAUCGAAUCUUUGCUGGAAACGAUUGUGGAUAGUUUGGGUACUAAGCGACAAUAG